CGUUGAUUACAAUUUAGAUUUUGAAUUCUUAAAAUAAGUAUGUAAAAAUGAAUGCAUUUAAAUCAAAAUGUAGUUUGUAGUUUGGAUAUACAAAAGGCAUGACAUUUCUUACUAAGUUUAAACAAUGAAGAGGCCUAAAGAACACUCACUUAAAACUCUUAAAUUAGACUGAAGAAAAAAAUGCAGUUUAUCAUUACAUUUUCUGAAAUCAGAUUUUACAUUGGUGUGCGUGCAUGUGUGCGUGUGUGUGUGCGUGCGUGCAUGUGCGUGUGUGUGUGUGUGUGUGUGUUCUCUUCAGCAAGGUUGUUAUUUACUGCAUCAGUUUAUUAUCAGGCCGCAGUGUCAGAAGAAGUGAAGAAAAUGGCCAGCUGCAGAAUCUUGUUGACUAUAUAUUUCCAUCUCACAUUGUUGGGAAAAUAAUCAUAUUUUGUGCAUCACUCAUGUAAUAAAUGCAGUAGAUAUUUGAUCUGGACCUUCUUAUAAUAAGCCUAAUUCUAAACUUAAAUAGUCAACAUUGUUUAAAAUUUUGCAUAACUUUUCUCAGGAUAAUGGUUAACUUUGAAUUCACUUUUUUUUUUUAAGUGUUUCAUAACUACAUUUUCUGAUGGGGUUGACAAACAGUUGACACUGUGAAACUUUAUAAAAGAGCUGCAUUUAAACAAAAAAACUCAUCUUGUCAGUGUGUACUGUAGUAGGUUUUUGUGUUUAAUUGAAAAAUAAUUUAUAUGUUUUUCCUUGGCUAAAUGCAUCAUUAGAAAUGUAAUGAACUUGAUCAAAUAAAACCAAAUUAAAUUUUGCAUUUGUGUUUAAAAAGAUUAAUUUGAUUUCAAACUGGACCACAAAACUUUAAGUCUUACGUUGCAAGAGUAUAUUUGUAGCAGUAGAAAAAAACAUUGUAUGGGUCAAAAUUAUUGAUCUUUAUUUUAUGCCAAAAAUCAUCAGUAUAUUAAUUAAUCAUUUUACACACAGAUGGCUGGAAGUGUGUUAAUCCAGUUAAAACAAUGAUUUUUUUUUUUUACUGUUAUUAGACACAUUAUUCAAGUAGUCUGAUUAAUAGUGUUGAAAUAUUCAUAUGAUUCUGAGCAAAGUACAGAGGGAGGAGCAACAAAACUGCAAAGUCACGGUCUCAUAAACACAAUAUGAACUUAACUUUCUCUCUCGCAACAUGAACACAUCUGCAAACUGAAAACCAGGAAGUGUGUGGAUUCCAGAGAAACAAAACCUUUUCCCUGCUACACGAGCUUCUGCUCGGGAUCCUCACUGAUCUAGUUUGGCUGAAGCUGUAGAGGAGCAAAUAUUUACUUUUCUUUUCUGUCAAAGCAGCAGAGCAGUUUGUAUUAGAGUUAUAAAGUAUCUGCAAAGAAAUGGCUGAAUCUGCAGCGAGUCGGUAUGAGGAUCAGUUCAUCUGUUCAGUGUGUUUGGAUCGGCUGAAGGAGCCGGUGACGAUUCCCUGUGGACACAGUUACUGUAUGAGCUGUAUUACUGACUGCUGGGAGCAGAAGGAGCAGGAGCCGCAGUACAGCUGUCCCCAAUGCAGAGAGAGCUUCAGUCAGAGACCUCUCCUGAAGAAGAACACUCUGAUAGCGGAGAUGAUGGAGACGCUGCAGAAGACGUCUCUACAAACGGCUGCUGUGGAGUGUGAUGUUUGCACUACAGAGAAGAGCAGAGCUGUAAAGACCUGUCUGCAGUGCUUGGCCUCCUUCUGUCAAACUCACCUGCAGCUUCACUAUCAAUCUCCUGCGUUUAUGAAGCAUAAACUAGUCCAAGCCUCCAGAAACAUUCAGGAGAACAUCUGCCUCAGUCAUAAAAAACCUCUGGAUAUUUUCUGUCAGGAUGAUGAUCAAUGCAUCUGUUAUUUGUGUAUGAUUGAUAACCAUGAUGGCCACAGAGUGGUGUCUGUGGAUUCAGAAUGGACUAGUAAAAAGAAAGAGUUAAUGGAGAAAAAGGCUGAAUGUCAAAAGCUAAUCGAGGAGCGUGAGAGAGGUCAACAAGAUCUCAAUGAAGCUGUGAAGUUCCUCAAAAGUUCAGCAGAAGAGGCCGUGGAGGACAUUGAGAAGGUCUUCACUGAGCUCAUCUGCUCUCUGGAGAAGAAACGCUCUGAGAUUAAAGAGCAGAUCAGAGAUCAGGAGAAGACUGAGAUAGAUCGAGCAGAGAAACUUCACAAACAUCUUGUUCAAGAGCUGACUGAACUCAGAAAAACACAAGCAGAGAUUGAGAAACUUCUGAUUACUGAUGAUCAGAUCCAUUGUCUGAAGAGCUGUCCGUCUGUGUGUUUUUUACCCACACUGGAAAACGUUCCCAGCUUCACUCAACAAACUCAACUGUCUUUUAAAAACAUUUCAAUCUCAGCAUUCAGAGAAGUUUUGGAGGACGUCUGUCAACAACAAACAGCCAGAAUAUCCAGAGAAGUGUCAAAGGUCCAUGUUGCAGAGCCUCCAAAACCUGAAACCCCAAAUGAGUUUUUGCAGUAUUUCUGUCAACUUCACCUGGAUCCAAACACUGUGAACAAAAAUCUCAAACUGUCUGAAGGCAACAGAAAAGCAUCAGAUUCAAAUGAAGUCCAGCAAUAUCCUGAUCACCCAGAGCGAUUCGAUGUAUAUUCCCAUGUCCUGUGUAUAAAGGGUUUGUGCGGUCGCUGUUACUGGGAGGUUGAGUGCAGUGGGAACGACUGGUCUGUAGCAGUUUCCUACAGAGGAAUUAGUCGUAAAGGAAAAAUUAAUGACUGCCGACUUGGGUUUAAUAACAAGUCCUGGAGACUGACCCAAUGUUAUCAGGAUUUCUAUGUCAGACAUGAUGAUAAACAAGUCCGUCUCUCUCCUUUCCAUUCCUCUAGAAUAGGAGUGUAUCUGGAUCACAGAGCAGGAACUCUGUCCUUCUACAGCGUCUCUGACACAAUGACUCUUCUUUACACAUUCCAGACCACUUUCACUGAACCCCUCUACCCUGCGUUUGGGAUUGGAGAAGGUUUUAUCAGGAUCAUUGAGCAGAAGAGAAUUCUCCAAACCCACAAAUAAAAGACAAGCGAAAUUUCCUAAACUCACUAUACCAAGACUAUACAGAGUGGCAGUUCAUCAUUGAGACAAAAGGUGUCAACUUUAGCUUGUCAAUUUACAGAAAGGUUUUCAUUUUUGUGUGAACUGAGCUGACUGCUGUGACUUUGCUAUUAUUUCUGAAUUAAACGGUUUUUAUUUUAACUUUUUUUGAGGGAUCAUAUAAAAUAAUAUAAAUACAACUAUGUUUUUGUAUUAAAACCUGCAUAAAAAUAUUAUUAAGGCAUGUAAAUGCAAUUUACACAGUAUAGACUGCAUUCUGCAUUCAUACUGGAAGCAAUUGAUGUUAUGGCAUAUGCAGUAUGAUGAAUAUGGUAUGUAGUGUAUCCAUGUAAUUGAGCAGAAUAGAAUAGAAUAGAACAGAAUAGAAUAUACUUUAUUUUCCCAUUUCAGGGAAAUUAAUCUUGGACAACCAUGAAAAGGCCAGCACAUAACAUUAAACUCACAUAUCACAUUACAACACACCAAAUUACAAAUUACACAUACCAAAUAUAUUAAAAAGUUACAAUAUGCCAAACAAUAUUAACUGUCUGCAGGGUUCUAAAUUAACUUUUUUGAUCACCAGCCAAUGUGGCUGGUAACUUUCUAAAGUUACCAGCCAAUCAGAAUUUCCACUAGCCAUUUUUUUUCCGGUAAAAAUAACAAAUUAUGAGUGCCACUGAAUGCAUUUGAUCAUUUUAUUAACAUUGUUGGCAUGAAAAACUUCCGUUUAUAAACCGUACUCACGAAUUCAUAAACUGUUACCUUGGUUUAACAAAUCGUGCCCACGAAUUUCCAAUCCGUGCGCUCAGUUUUUGUAAACCGUACCCUCGGUUUUUGAAUCCGUACCCACAAAUUCAUAAUCCGUGCGCACACUUUCGCAAUCCGUUCCCACCGUAAACCGUACUCACGGAUUCAUGUAGCAAGCUCCUGUUAACAUACAGUUUUAUUGACUAUUAUUAUGUGGAAUAGGUUUAAUAAUAAUAAAGGAAUAAUCUUAUAAUAGCAACUGAUUAUUAUUGUACAAUAAACCUGGCAUUGUGACUAACUCUGGAGUAAUUUUUUCCUCUGUUGUAAAUUGUUUUGGAUAAAAGAUUCUUAUGCAUAACCUGUAUAAUAAUAUAUAAGU